AUGCCUUCAAGUUCAACGGAAGUGACGACAACUGAAGAAAUUUCGACGACGAGUGAAGGAACGACUUCAACGACUACGGAAGAGAUUUCAACAACUUCAGAAGAACCUUCAACAACUUCAGAAGAACCUUCGACAACUUCAGAAGAACCUUCAACAACUUCAGAAGAACCUUCAACGACUUCAGAAGAACCUUCAACAACUUCAGAAGAACCUUCAACGACUUCAGAAGAACCUUCAACAACUUCAGAAGAACCUUCAACAACUUCAGAAGAACCUUCAACGACUUCAGAAGAACCUUCAACAACUUCAGAAGAACCUUCAACGACUUCAGAAGAACCUUCAACGACUUCAGAAGAACCUUCAACGACUUCAGAAGAACCUUCAACAACUUCAGAAGAACCUUCAACGACUUCAGAAGAACCUUCAACGACUUCAGAAGAACCUUCAACAACUUCAGAAGAACCUUCAACGACUUCAGAAGAACCUUCAACGACUUCAGAAGAACCUUCAACAACUUCAGAAGAACCUUCAACAACUUCAGAAGAGCCUUCAACGACUUCAGAAGAACCUUCAACGACUUCAGAAGAACCUUCAACGACUUCAGAAGAACCUUCAACAACUUCAGAAGAACCUUCAACAACUUCAGAAGAUCCUUCAACGACUUCAGAAGAACCUUCAACAACUUCAGAAGAUCCUUCAACAACUUCAGAAGAACCUUCAACGACUUCAGAAGAACCUUCAACGACUUCAGAAGAACCUUCAACGACUUCAGAAGAACCUUCAACAACUUCAGAAGAACCUUCAACGACUUCAGAAGAACCUUCAACAACUUCAGAAGAUCCUUCAACGACUUCAGAAGAACCUUCAACAACUUCAGAAGAUCCUUCGACAACUUCAGAAGAGCCUUCAACAACUUCUGACGAUCCUACUGAAGAUCCUUCAACUACAAAUUUACCAACAACAGAAGAAGAAACAACUGAAAUCACUUCAACAACUGAAGAAUCAACCGAAACAUCCAUCGAAACGACAAUUUCAGAAGAACCAACUACCGAAUCAACUGAAACAACCACUCCAGAGGAACCUUCAACAUCUUCAACUACUGAAAUUUCCACAACUGAAGAACUUCCUGAAACUUCAACUGAAUUAACAACCGAAAUUUCAUCCUCUGAAGAACCAACUACUGAAAUUUCAUCUUCAGAAUCAACCACAGAAGACUUGUCAACUACAGAAAUCACUUCAACUGAAGAGAUUUCAACUGAAGAAACGACUUCAACUGAAUUAACAACGGAAAUGACAACUACUGAAAGUCCUUCUCCUCAACCAACGACGGAAGAAACUGAAAUUUCAACUGAAACAACGUCAACUAUGACAAGUUCGGCUGAAAUUUCAACAGAAAUCACUUCAAGUACAUUAAAAUCAACAACUGUGACAUCCAGCAUGUCCCGAAGUUCAACUUCAACAACUUCAAAAAGCACAUCGACAACUGAAAAUGAUGAAACAACGUCAGAAAUUGUUCCAACAACUGAUUCACCUGAAUCUUCUGGCAUGUCAGCUCUCGAAAUCACAACUUACACAAUUUUGGCCGUCUCUGUUACAGCAAAUUUAAUUUAUAUUGGCUUAACAAUUUUUAAAUGUUGCGUCAAAUAA